CCCUUUAUUGGUGAUGGUUAUCAAAGCACAGAAUGAAAAGCUUCCAGGCUCUUGCACGCCCGUCCACCCCACUUUCCUGCCCACCACCCCUCCCCACACGCAUUCACUCCUUCCUCCCAGAUCAGUCUUCUCUGCUGUCAACCAGGCAGCCAGCUGUGUAGUUAGUCAGAGCAAAGCCUGGCUCACAGACUCGCAAAGACAAAGCAGGAAGACGGGAGGGUUUCUUAGCAGAGUCCCAUCGAGCUCUGGGGCAGGUGACACAGAUGCAGAUUUCCUGGGGCUUAGGGUUUGACAGUUUCAUCCCCGCCCACUGGAAAUAGAGCACAAUAAAACGCGGGGUAAACCCGGAGAAGCAGAGGAAGAAUCGGAGUUUGCCCACCAAGCGUACAUUCUCACUACUUCUGCUGUGAAGGUGGGCAUCAUGCACGUGAAUGGCAAAGUGGCGCUGGUGACGGGGGCAGCUCAGGGCAUAGGGAAAGCCUUCGUGGAGGAGCUUCUGCACAAAGGCGCCAAGGUAGCACUGGUGGAUCUCAAUCUGGAGGAAGGUGAAAAAUGUAAAGCUGCCCUGGACGAGAUGUUCGAGCCUCAAAAGACGCUGUUUCUUCAGUGUGAUGUAGCAGAUCAGGAACAACUGAGAGAUACUUUUCGAAAAGUGGUUCAACAUUUUGGAAGAUUGGAUAUUUUGGUCAAUAAUGCUGGAGUGAAUAAUGAAAAACAGUGGGAAAAAACUGUCCAGAUUAAUUUAGUUUCUGUGAUUAGUGGAACAUAUCUUGGACUGGAGUACAUGAGUAAACAAAAUGGAGGUGAUGGAGGAGUCAUCAUCAACAUGUCAUCUCUGGCAGGACUUAUGCCUACUGCACACCAACCUGUAUACUGUGCUUCCAAACAUGGAAUAAUUGGAUUCACACGUUCUACUGCUAUGGCAGCUAACUAUACAAAAAAUGGUGUGAGAAUAAAUGCCAUUUGCCCGGGUUUUGUUAACACACCGAUUCUUCAGUCCAUUGAAAAAGAAGAGAACAUGGGACAAUAUUUUGAAUACAAGGAUUGUAUCAAAGAUAUGAUAAAAUUUUAUGGAGUCUUAGAUCCAUCAACCAUUGCCAAAGGAUUAAUAACCAUCAUAGAAGAUGAUUCUUUAAAUGGUGCAAUUAUGAAGAUCACAACCUCUAAAGGAAUUCACUUUCAAAACUAUGAUACACUUACAUAUUAUCCUAAAACUCAGUAAACAUUUCAUGAAUUGACAACAUCUGAAUAGAAGUACAACUGAUAUAUUCAUGCAUUUCUGGAUGUGAUUCAUAGUAUAGAAACUAUGUUUUAAAGAUAUUGUAUAGCUUAAGUCCUUGAGAAAAUUCUACAGUGAAGAAGAAUUGCAUUUAUUUGGGAAAACAUUAAUUUGUUAAUGACAUUUUUACCUUGUGAUCUAUCAAGCAUGUGGUUAAUAGUUAUACUAAAUCUGAUAGGUAGCAUGGGCCAGAAAUUGACAUGAGAACUUUGAGCUCUGAAGACUGCAAAAGGAUGUUGAAAUACUAUUGUGUGUUUUUUUAAUCCAAUUAAGCAAUUGGAAUACAAAUGAUUUUUUUCUAAGCUCAUGUUUUCUCUGAUUUUUUAAAUACUUGAAUUGUUCUUUCAUUCAAGCUGUUAGAAAUAUAUUGUACACAAUUGUUAUCUCUGUGAAAAUAAUUGGUUUAAAUGAGUCAGGCUACAUGAAAUAGCAAAUGCUCAGCAAUAAUACUUUUAAUGCUUAUUGUAUGCUCUUUAAUAUGAGCAACUCCUGUUCUUAAAUUUUUUUAGUGUACUUAUUGUGGCAGCAUCCCUUGGAAAGGAUCAACUACAGUUGAUAUACUUAUUACAGAGGGGAAGAAAGUCAAUGGCUAAGAAUAGAAUUUGGGACUAUUGAUUUCACAGCUCAGCUUCCUCUCUUAGAAGAAAUACUGCCUUCCCAUUUGUCAGGCAAGACUUUUAGAUUUUGAUUGAGUGGUCCACGUAUUCAGCUAUCUAUGAAUUCAGAAUUGUGAACUCUAACUUCAAAAGCUUUCCUAUUAGACUUUGAGGGGAGUGCAUGUGGUACUUUCAAUUCAACUUUUAAAAAUUUCAUAGAGCAAAUAAAGAAAAGUAACCAACACCCCCCCCAAAUUAAAUUUAGAUACUAUUUUCUGAAAAAAAAUUGCAACUGCAAUGUGUAUUUCAAACUCAGUUUUCUUUUUAGCCAGUUUUCAUGGAUUUCAGAAUUACCUGGCUCUCACUGAGAAUGUUUGACUUAAAUCUCUAAAACAUUAGUAAACAGUCUCCAAUUGGAUGAUAAUGCAUCUCUUUCACCAUUCCGGAGCUGAUUCGGAAAUAGCUACUAAUGUUUUUGUGUGCCAAAAGCCAUGAUAGGUUGUAAUAAUAAAAAUAGUCACACAAUACUGACCCUUUUGCACUGGCAUAAUUAUCCACCACAGGCCAGUAAAGGCUAUUGUUAUGUGACAAAGGGAAGAGCUGCCUACCUUACUCCAUGUGUACAAAAUUGUUUUCACUACACUGAUCCAGACUCCAACAGAUGCCACAAAGAAAUGGAAGCUCAAGAUUCCUAACUUGACCAGUGAUUAUCUCAGUGUAGCCUAAAGGUUGGUGAAUGUACUCUGCCUCCUGAAUCAUCAGUGACUUCAUUUGAGUCAAGUCCUCUGGGAGUUGUCUCAAGUGACUAGCAUACUUCAUAAAGGAGAAGAGCUAGAGAUUAGGAGACUUUUUACCACAUGAAAGCACAUGCAGUUACCGACUACAAUUCUACGGACUUAAGUAGGCAUGAAGCUGUGUUGGCGACUUCCUUUUGGCUCACUAAGGAAACGUUUGGGACAGGAAGCCUCAACAAGGCAGACAGUGACAGAAGAUCCAGUUUGCCUCUGAAAAGGAGAUAAGUGGAAUUGAGACUUGCCCUUCUUCACUGGAAUAAGCUAUGUCCUUCGGGCACAGACUUCUCCACUAGUAUCCAGUCAAAUUGAAUGUCACUAUUGUAAGCCAUAUCUUCUUUUUGUCUUUUUUCAUUUUUCUUUCUGUGACACAAAGUCAUACUUUGCAAUGUGUGUACAGUAAUUUUGUAGAUCUACCUGCAUCCUGGCAGCUCCAAGCAAACAUACCAAGUGCUGGAAAUCUUCUCUUUCAAAACAAAACAAAAACUUCAGAGCAGGCAUUGAAAAGCAAUAGCUGAGCUGCAGCAGCAAAUAAAAAUGUGAGUGUAUAUAUUAAGAAAAGUUGAUUCACCUUUUUAAAUAAUUCUGUAAAUAGUGUUCAUAAUUCUGUCAUGUGAUAUAUUAUGUAAGCCUAUGAUAGGGGGAAAGAAUCUCCUACUAUGUUGGGAAAGUAUCAGUUCAGUGUGUGUCCUAAAUGCAGUUGCCUCUUAUUUUGCCAGGGAUAUGCUUUCCCAGCUUUUUUUUUUUCUUCUGUGAAUAUAGGACUUUCUUCCAAAUCCUCAGAUCCUCUUCCUGUUUCCAAGGCACAAAGAUCAUUGACACUGAAUAUCAAAGGGGCCAAGGAACUUAUUUUUUUUUUCUGUGUAGAUGACUUUCCAGUCUAGGUUUUACUGGGAGAAGACUGAAAAUGUCCAUUUGUCUCAAGUAUUUAGAAUUUGUUGUUGUUGCUGAAUGAAAAUUUGAAGUGCUCAAAGAUGUACAUUUUCAAUAAAAUGUAAUGUAUUUAAUGUA